CUUUAUGAUAUAAAAGCGAUGGAAAUUAAAUUAUAACUAACCAUUUCCAUUAUUUACCUUUGACCUUUUGCGACCACGUGAUCUACAAAACAGUGAUGACCUCUCUCCUGCUUGCUAGCUGUAGCUAACUCCUGCUAACACUUCACACAAUGGACCAGUCUAAACAAGAGAAGGAAUAUGGAUACGAGUUAUUCCCGGAGAGAAACACGGGGUCUAAGAAAGAGAAAUCAUUCGUAAAGUCCCUGUUCACUUCCCAAUUCAAGUGUGAGAUCAUGUUGAAGCUCGCAAUGGAAACCAGUCCGUACGCCAAACUGCUCCUCAGUGCCAUGAACAGCUCGGGAUGCAAGGUUAUCAGAGACCGGCAUUUUGCCUGUGAAGAUUGUGAUGGGUCGGUGAGCGGAGGCUUUGACGUGGCGUCUUCUCAGAUCGUUUUGUGUCAGAACAACAUCCACCAGCAGUCCCACAUGAACAGGGUGGUCACACACGAGCUCAUCCAUGCCUUCGACCACUGCCGGGCCCACGUGGACUGGUUCAACAACCUGAGGCACCUGGCCUGCUCUGAGAUCCGGGCGGCUAACCUGAGUGGAGACUGCUCCUUCAGCUCAGAAGUGUCCAGAUUUAACUUCGGCAUGAAGCAGCACCAUCAGGAGUGUGUCAGAGACCGCGCCCUUCGCUCCAUCCUCGCUGUGAGGAAGAUCAGCGCGGAGGAGGCGCAGAAAAUAGUGGACGAAGUGUUCGACUCGUGUUCCAACGACCACGCUCCGUUCGGAAGAAUCCCGCACGGCUCCAAGGACGCAGAGUUCGCCUACAGAGAUCAUGAGAGCAGAGAUCGAUAUAAUGCAAACCUUUAGUGUGCUCACGCUCUCCUGCUCAGCAUGGAGGGGCAGCGUGUCGGACACCAUCUAAUCCCCUCACCAGGGAUCUUCUCUAAGUCAUGCGUCCUUGGAACAGAAGAGCAAAGGAAGUAGUUUCAGUACAUUUCAUAAUCUACCUUCAUUUUGUUAAACUAAUCCUCUACAAAGGGAUUUGAAUUAUAACAGAAGGCCCCAGUGAUUAAUACGUCAAUUGUUUUUUAUUGAUCAAUAGAUGCUUUUAAGGAAAUACAGUAUUAAUGUUUCGUCCAUGGGUGUUUGCUGGAACCACCUUGAGGUUGGAGGAUGUAUUCCACUGUUUGCGCCUCAUCUUUUUUGCCACAUUGACAUCAACUCAUUUCCUGUAAACAUUGUGAUUAAAUGAAAGCAAAUCAACCUGA